CCGCCUGUCUUGGUUAGAUGGUUCUGGAUUAGGAUUCUCACUGGAAUACCCCACCAUUAGCUUGCAUGCAGUCUCCAGGGACCUAAAUGCCUAUCCACGAGAGCAUUUGUAUGUUAUGGUGAAUGCCAAAUUUGGAGAGGAAUCAAGAGAAUCUCUUUCUGAUGAAGAAGAUGAAGACAGUGAUGAUGAUGUGGAACCUAUUGCUGAAUUUAGAUUUGUGCCUAGUGAUAAAUCAGCAUUAGAGGCAAUGUUCAGUGCAAUGUGUGAGUGCCAGGCCUUGCAUCCGGAUCCUGAGGAUGAAGACUCGGACGAUUACGAUGGAGAAGAGUAUGACGUGGAAGCACACGAACAGGGACAGGGGGAUAUCCCUACAUUUUAUACCUAUGAAGAAGGAUUGUCCCAUUUAACAGCAGAAGGGCAAGCAACACUGGAGAGAUUAGAAGGAAUGCUUUCUCAGUCUGUGAGCAGUCAGUAUAACAUGGCUGGAGUACGGACAGAAGAUUCAAUAAGAGAUUAUGAAGAUGGCAUGGAGGUGGAUACCACACCAACAGUUGCUGGGCAGUUUGAGGAUGCAGAUGUUGAUCACUGAAGACAGUUUACUGCUCUAAGAUUCUGCUCAUAACCAUAGGAGAGAACUUGGUGCCUCUUCCACUUUGGAGUGAGGUUGAUGAAAGGCUUUUUCCCUUCUCCAAAAUUCACUUAAACCAGUUCUUUCAAGACAGACUAUACCAAGUCAGCAAGCUGUCACCAGCAGAAAAAAUUUAAGACCUUUAUUAACAAAGGUGAAUUAACUUAACCAAGAGGGUGUUUGUAGUGUAUCAUUUACCUGAAACUUUCUGUGUCUAGGUGUCCCCUGAAGGCCUCUAGUUCCUGCCUUCACUAUGUGCACAUCUGUCUGCUAGCAGGCCUCUGUGGUGAGGCACAUGGAGCUUGGGGUAUGGGUGGACUGUGGUGGGAAAGAGAGACUUAACGAUGCCUCUCUGGGGCUUGAGAAUCCUGACUCCUAAGAGAGAAGGGAUCAGCCUCUGUCAUGUUCCAUAGGGACAUGAGUCUUACUGAUUUGGAGCCCCGAUAAAUGAAUUCAGAGGAAAUCCCAACCUCAUAUUAAAGUGCUAGCAUCUCCUGCUGCCCUAUUUCACCAGUCUGCUCUGUUAUGGCCUCUUAGGUUAUAGCCUUGAGUUUCCACCCUUUUAGGUUAGUUUUCUGUGACAGAAUAAGUGAACUGCGAUGAAGCCCUCAAAGUCUCCCAAUGAUAAUUGUUUUGCCUUUGUAAUAGCUUAACAAAUAAAUCUAGGUUUUCUAUACUACUGUGGUCUCAUUCUUGACUAAAAUAUUAAUGAGAAUUUAAACAAAAAAGUAAUGCUGGCAAAAAAUGAGAAUUUGGGGUUUAUUUUAGGUCAUUUUUGAGAACAUAAACAUGAAAUUAAUGUGAAAAUGUAUAGUUAGAGCAUCUGGCAAGGAUUUAAAACAUUUCUAGAAAUUUCUGCUUUUCCUUGGGUCAGAAAUAAUUUCUUACAUUUAUCAACUCUCACUUUCUCAUUUUCACAGGCACCUGAGCA